UUUUUGCACAAAUAAAAAUUGAUAGAGAAGCGCAAAUAGGGGGAAUCGGCUAGGGUUUUCUGGCAUCCUGCUAGAAAUCGAACCCUUUGACGGGAAAAGGAAAAUACUUGUUCAGAAAUGAGAUAAGUACUCCACCUGGGAUUUUAAAAGAGAACAGCUAGCGGGGAAAAUUGUAAAUUGGUAGUUGAUAAAUUAACGACUGCAGGAGUUAAGGGCAAGGGCGAGAGGAAAAAGGACGAUAUACAGUGGAAAAGUGAGGAUUGUAGAAUGGGGAAAGACGAAGAGGAGAUGAGGGGAGAGAUAGAGGAGAGGCUGAUCAACGAAGAGUACAAGAUUUGGAAGAAGAAUACUCCUUUCCUUUAUGAUCUGGUUAUCACUCAUGCCCUCGAGUGGCCUUCACUUACCGUCGAGUGGUUACCAGACAGAGAGGAGCCUCCCGGAAAGGAUUACUCUGUCCAGAAGAUGAUACUGGGAACUCACACCUCAGAGAACGAGCCCAAUUACCUCAUGCUCGCCCAGGUCCAGCUUCCACUCGAGGAUUCUGAGAAUGAUGCUCGCCAUUAUGACGACGAUCGCUCCGACGUCGGCGGCUUUGGCUGCGCAAACGGCAAGGUACAAAUUAUUCAGCAGAUAAAUCAUGAUGGUGAGGUCAACAGGGCUCGUUACAUGCCGCAAAACCCAUUUAUUAUUGCCACCAAGACUGUCAGUGCAGAAGUCUAUGUUUUCGAUUAUAGCAAGCACCCAUCUAAGCCUCCUCUAGAUGGUGCAUGCACUCCUGACUUGAGGUUGAGGGGCCACAGCACUGAAGGAUAUGGUUUAUCUUGGAGUAAGUUCAAGCAGGGUCAUUUGCUUAGUGGAUCUGAUGAUGCUCAGAUUUGCUUGUGGGACAUCAAUGCAACUCCCAAAAAUAAGGCUCUUGAUGCUAUGCAAAUUUUUAAGGUUCAUGAAGGUGUUGUGGAAGAUGUAGCAUGGCAUCUGAGGCAUGAAUAUUUAUUUGGUUCUGUUGGAGAUGAUCAGUACCUACUUAUAUGGGAUAUGCGCACCCCAUCAGUCAGUAAACCUGUGCAAUCUGUGGUUGCGCACCAGAGCGAGGUCAACUGCUUAGCUUUCAAUCCAUUUAAUGAAUGGGUUCUUGCAACGGGUUCUACUGAUAAGACUGUUAAAUUAUUUGAUCUACGAAAGAUCAAUGCUGCACUCCACACCUUUGAUAGUCACAAGGAGGAGGUUUUUCAGGUUGGGUGGAAUCCAAAGAAUGAGACCAUUUUAGCUUCUUGUUGUCUUGGUAGAAGACUCAUGGUGUGGAUCUUAGCAGACUUUAACUACAGGAUUGAUGAAGAACAGACACCCGAAGAUGCUGAAGAUGGGCCUCCAGAAUUGCUUUUUAUCCAUGGUGGUCACACAAGUAAAAUCUCAGAUUUUUCGUGGAACCCAUGUGAAGAUUGGGUAAUUGCCAGUGUUGCUGAAGAUAACAUUCUCCAAAUAUGGCAGAUGGCUGAGAACAUUUACCAUGAUGAAGAUGAUAUACCUGGAGAUGAAUCAACAAAAGGUCCACAGUAACAUUUUGUCCAUAUAGAAGCCUAUCAGGGGGCCCGAAGCCUGUAAUAUCUAGGAGGGCGGCUAGGAGUUACUUUCGUUUUUAUAUAAAAAAAGAAACCAUUUUGCUAUAUCCAAAUUUUCUUUAGAAGUGUUUGAGCCAGUUCUCAUUUCUCAUCUACUUUUACUAUUUAGGUUGGCCCUUUUGAUAUGGUAUUUGGAGCUGUUUGUUUCAUGACAGAUGAGAAUUAGUUCUGAUCAGCAGAAUAAUUCUCCCACAUACUAAGAUUGUAAAUUCAAUCCAGUUAUCUUCUCCAUCAAGUUAGUGAGAUCAGCAGAAUAAUUCCGCCA